AUGUGCGGAAUUGGAGGGCGUCUGAGUUCUCUCUCUCCACUCUGCGCCCCUACACAGUUCCAUCCUCACCCGCCUCCGAGCGGGAGGAGCCCCAGACAGUUUGGGAACCUCCGAAUUCAGGAACUGAGCCGGCAAGGCCCUGAUACUGGAAAACUGAAUUUAGGAAAAAGAAUAAACAGAGUGAACACUGUUGAGUCACUCAUUGGUGAAAAUGUCUUCGUUGAAAGCCCCAAGGGCAAAGGUACCCAAAUCACAGUGAUCACUGGAGUUGAUAUUGUCAUGAACCAUCACUUGCAAGAAACCAGAUUCACAAAAGAAACCCACAGGAAGUACAUCAAAGAUUAUAUGAAAUCAAUCAAAGGCAAACUUAAAGAACAAAGACCAGAAAGAGUGAAACCUUUUAUGACUGGGGCUACAGAACAAAUCAAGCACAUCUUCACUAAUUUCAAAAACAACCAGUUCUUUAUUGAUAAAACCAUGAAUCCAGACGACAUGGUUGUUAUCUUGGACUACCACAAGGAUGGUGCGACCCCAUAUGUGAUUUACUUUAAGGCUGGUUUCGAUGUGAAAAAAUGUUAA